AUGGGACUGAGGAAGGAUACGAGGCAUGGUGGGAAGAAGUUUCUGUUAACUGCUGGAGGAAACAGCAUGAUGAGCUAUUCGCUGCCAUUUUCGGGGAACUGCGAUACCCCUACGCUGCCGACGUCGAUCUACUUGCUCGCGUCCCUGAAGACGCUGCACAAGUUCCUCCUCCUGCUGCCGAGCUGGCUUCGCGACCCGCGCGAGCCCCACGGAAACGCGCCAUCCUCUGGCAGUCGCACAGCCAACACUUCCCAUGCCACUGGCCAGUCUGGGAAACAAAAGGCAAUCGCCGCCCUCUCGGCUCGGAAACGCAAUCGCUCUGAUCCUCGAACUGACCUAUGGGCAGGAGAUGAACCAAUCGCCGACCGACUGAAUCCAAAUGCCUUCAACACUGAGGACGCUGUAGCUGAAGCUGUAGAGGCAGAAGCUGCUGAACCCGCUCUUAAUAUGGUUGAUUCAUUUGCAGGUGAAGGAAAGCCAAUUAAGUUGAUUGCCAUCCUUACAGCUAUUGGUUUAAUGAUUGUCUUGGUUGCCAUACUGUUCGGUUUGCACAAAUUGCGAGCUAACCAAAAGGGAUCGAUUCCAACUUCUAGGGAUAUUCUUCGAGAAUAUAUUGGGAAACAUGAUCCAUCAGAGCUAUUGAUCUAUGAUUUUGAUACCAUGUUAACUGCUACAGACAAUUUCAGCAUUACAAACAAACUCGGGCAAGGAGGCUUUGGUCCUGUUUAUAAGGGUAUACUACAAGACGGGAAGGAAAUAGCUGUAAAAAGACUAUCUAGUAGCUCAGGACAAGGCAUUGAAGAGUUCAAGAAUGAGAUGUUGUUGAUCUCCAAUCUUCAACACAAAAAUCUUGUUAGGAUGAUGGGUUGCUGCAUUAAAGAGGACGAGAAGUUACUGGUCUAUGAGUUCAUGCCAAACAAAAGCUUGGAUACGUUUCUAUUUGAUCCAAUGAGGAGAGGAGAGCUUGAUUGGGAUAGACGCUUUAAUAUUAUUCAGGGUGUUGCUAGAGGGCUUCUUUAUCUCCAUCAUGAUUCCUAUGUGAAGGUAAUACAUAGAGAUCUGAAAGUCAGCAACAUUCUCCUGGAUGAAAAAAUGAAACCAAAAAUUUCAGAUUUUGGAUUGGCACGCAUAGUUGAAGGAACACAAUGUAUAGAAAAUACACAGAAGGUUGUGGGAACACGUGGCUAUAUGUCUCCAGAGUAUGCCUUGGGUGGGAUAUUUUCUGAAAAAUCUGAUGUCUAUAGUUUCGGGGUUUUGGAAUUGGAGAUUAUUAGCGGCAAGAAGAAUAACAACUUUUUUUUAUAUGACCAACAACUAGGCUUUCUAGCCCAUGUAAGCAUGGAACUUCUGUAUGAAGGCAAGGGAUUGGAAUUGGUAGAUGAGGUAUUGGGUGAUUUAUAUUCCUCAUCAGAAGUAUUGAAAUGUGUGCACAUUGGGCUUCUUUGUGUACAGGAUAAUGUUGCGGAUAGGCCAACCAUGAAAGAUAUUGCUUUAAUGCUAAGUAACGAGAAAGAUGGUCCACAACCUAAGAGGCCUGAAUUCACUGUGCAAAACUCAUUUUCUCAUCCUCAACCGCAGUAUGAACAUACUAAUUCCUCCAUAAAUGAAGCUACUAUUACAAUGAUUGAAGGACGAUGAGUGACAGCACAUUGUUGCAUCAAAAUGCAAUGAUGUUUGGUCAUUCUGAAGGUUUUCCUUGAACUCCUUUUCUCUAGUGAGAGUAUAUGGAGGUUCCUAGAGAUAGA